AUGGGUAAAUCUGACUUUAACAGGGGUAUGGGUAAAUCUGACUUUAACAGGGGUAUGGGUAAAUCUGACUGUAACAGGGGUAUGGGUAAAUCUGGCUUUAACAGGGGUAUGGGUAAAUCUGACUUUAAUGGGGGUAUGGGUAAAUCUGACUUUAACAGGGGUAUGGGUAAAUCUGACUGUAACAGGGGUAUGAGUAAAUCUGACUUUAACAGGGGUAUGGGUAAAUCUGACUUUAAUGGGGGUAUGGGUAAAUCUGACUGUAACAGGGGUAUGAGUAAAUCUGACUUUAACAGGGGUAUGGGUAAAUCUGACUUUAACAGGGGUAUGGGUAAAUCUGACUGUAACAGGGGUAUGGGUAAAUCUGACUUUAACAGGGGUAUGGGUAAAUCUGACUUUAACAGGGGUAUGGGUAAAUCUGACUUUAACAGGGGUAUGGGUAAAUCUGACUGUAACAGGGGUAUGGGUAAAUCUGACUUUAACAGGGGUAUGGGUAAAUCUGACUGUAACAGGGGUAUGGGUAAAUCUGACUGUAACAGGGGUAUGGGUAAAUCUGACUUUAACAGGGGUAUGGGUAAAUCUGACUGUAACAGGGGUAUGGGUAAAUCUGACUUUAACAGGGGUAUGGGUAAAUCUGACUGUAACAGGGGUAUGGGUAAAUCUGACUGUAACAGGGGUAUGGGUAAAUCUGACUGUAACAGGGGUAUGGGUAAAUCUGACUGUAACAGGGGUAUGGGUAAAUCUGACUUUAAUGGGGGUAUGGGUAAAUCUGACUGUAACAGGGGUAUGGGUAAAUCUGACUUUAACAGGGGUAUGGGUAAAUCUGACUGUAACAGGGGUAUGGGUAAAUCUGACUGUAACAGGGGUAUGGGUAAAUCUGACUGUAACAGGGGUAUGGGUAAAUCUGACUUUAACAGGGGUAUGGGUAAAUCUGACUGUAACAGGGGUAUGGGUAAAUCUGACUUUAAUGGGGGUAUGGGUAAAUCUGACUUUAACAGGGGUAUGGGUAAAUCUGACUUUAACAGGGGUAUAGGUAAAUCUGACUUUAAUGGGGGUAUGGGUAAAUCUGACUUUAACAGGGGUAUAGGUAAAUCUGACUUUAACAGGGGUAUGGGUAAAUCUGACUUUAAUGGGGGUAUGGGUAAAUCUGACUUUAACAGGGGUAUAGGUAAAUCUGACUUCAACAGGGGUAUGGGUAAAUCUGACUUUAACAGGGGUAUGGGUAAAUCUGACUUUAACAGGGGUAUGGGUAAAUCUGACUUUAACAGGGGUAUGGGUAAAUCUGACUUUAAUGGGGGUAUGGGUAAAUCCGACUUUAACAGGGGUAUGGGUAAAUCUGACUUUAAUGGGAGUAUGGGUAAAUCUGACUUUAACAGAGGUAUGGGUAAAUCUGACUUUAACAGGGGUAUGGGUAAAUCUGACUUUAACAGGGGUAUGGGUAAAUCUGACCUUAAUGGGGGUAUGGGUAAAUCUGACGGUAACAGGGGUAUGGGUAAAUCUGACUGUAACAGGGGUAUGGGUAAAUCUGACGGUAACAGGGGUAUGAGUAAAUCUGACUUUAACAGGGGUAUGGGUAAAUCUGACUUUAACGGGGGUAUGGGUAAAUCUGACUUUAACAGGGGUAUGGGUAAAUCUGACUUUAACAGGGGUAUGAGUAAAUUUGACUUUAACAGGGGUAUGGGUAAAUCUGACUUUAACAGGGGUAUGGGUAAAUCUGACUUUAACAGGGGUAUGGGUAAAUCUGACUUUAAUGGGGGUAUGGGUAAAUCUGACUUUAACAGGGGUAUGGGUAAAUCUGACUUUAACAGGGGUAUGGGUAAAUCUGACUUUAACAGGGGUAUGGGUAAAUCUGACUUUAACAGGGGUAUGGGUAAAUCUGACUUAAACAGGGGUAUGGGUAAAUCUGACUGUAACAGGGGUAUGGGUAAAUCUGACUUUAACAGGGGUAUGGGUAAAUCUGACUGUAACAGGGGUAUGGGUAAAUCUGACUUUAACAGGGGUAUGGGUAAAUCUGACUUUAACAGGGGUAUGGGUAAAUCUGACUUAAACAGGGGUAUGGGUAAAUCUGACUUUAACAGGGGUAUGGGUAAAUCUAAUGAAAGUGAUGAACACACUGCAUCAUUAAGACAUUCCAACUGUAAAGAGCUGAAGGUUUAA